GACAUGGAGCAGCAAAAGCCAACAUACCCUAAGCCCCUAACCAAGCUCGUACAGACUGUUAAGCGCAGAGCUGAGUCGAUAAUGGCGGUGGCGUGUGGCAACUGCUGAUUCGAUCUCCCACUCUACGGCACCCGGAAGUCCUUUUCUCGGUGUGGCACCUUCCUGCUGUCCUAUGUUGCAUUUGAUGCUGUUUGAAUACUGAAACUGAAUAGCCCAAGAGGAAGAUGCUCAACCAAUCCCAAUCCCUUACCAUUUCCCAUCUUUUUUAUUAUUAAUUAAUGCCACAUGGACAGUGCAAAGUUUCGCGGAGGCGAAACCUCCAAAAGGCCAAGCCAUCGCGACGAAUUAUUGCUUUCUGCUCAUGCGCACCAGCCUUCCUCGUCAAGUGAAUCGUCUCCAGAAUCUGAAAUCCGCCAACAACCGUCGCUCCUUCUCUUCUCGUUUAUUUAACUUGUCGCCCAUCUCAUACACUCCAAUUACCGAACAAGUUGUGAGCAUUUAAUUCAAAUCCCGCAAUCAGAAAUAAAGAAUUAAGAGAUAGGAGAUAUGAUUCUCCCUGUUGUGAAGCUCGGCACGCUAGCCUUGAAGACAGCCUGUAAACCCGUUGCCGCAAGACUCAAGAAGGAGGCCGGGUUGCACCCAAGGUUCCGACAGUUCAUCAUUAACAUUGCACAGGCAAACCAUCGGUUUACAACAACCAUGCAGAGACGCAUAUAUGGUCAUGCAACUGAUGUUGAGAUCCGGCCACUAAAUGAGGAAAAAGCUGUUCAAGUUGCUUCUGAUCUUCUUGGAGAGCUCUUUGUGUUCACGGUUGCUGGAGCUGCUGUGAUUUUUGAGGUGCAAAGAAGUUCUAGAUCAGAAGCCAGGAAGGAGGCAUUACGCAGACAAGAACUGGAGGCAAUGAAGCAAAAAGAUGAAGAACUAGAAAGGGAAAUCGAGCUUCUUAGACGCAAACUUGAAGAGCUAGAUCACCUUUCCAAGGGACGAGGUCUUUCUGGUAUUCUAAAUUUCAGGCAUGCUCAUGCUAUUGAAGAUGAUAAAUCAGCAAAAUCUGCAUAGAAAGAUAAUCAAAGAGUGAUUUUCCACCUCUUCCUCAUCACGGUGUCAGUUUAACAAGAGUUUAAGCAAAUACUGAGAUUCUAGUGUUGACAAUGAAAAUUAGCUUUUAAGAUGAGCAUGCGGGAGACUGUGAUAGAUAUGAAUAACACCAAAUCAUGAAAACAAAGUUCAAAGUAUAUCGAUAGCGUAUCGUUCA